AUGCAUCUCCCUCUUCUCUCUGCGCUCCUUGUACUCUCCCCGUCCCUGCAAGCUCUUGUAGCCGGCAGUCCCCUCCUGACGGAGAAAAGGACGACAGAACCAAGCUGCAACAGCGACAACCCCUUCCUGAACCGCGUGCAGUACGCAAACACUGGUUACGCUACAAAGCUCGAGGAGACAAUCCAGAGCUUCCUUGCCGACGGCGACGAGCUCAAUGCAGCGCGCACAAGAACCGUACAGGGCGUUAGCACCUUCAUGUGGGUUUCGAGCUUCGGCGAUAUCACUGGCCUCAAUGCACGCCUCGACGAGGCAAUCCGCGCCCAACGCCGCCCUCCCAACAAGAAGCUGAUCUUCCCGCUCGUAAUCUACAACCUCCCCGACCGAGACUGCAGCGCCAAAGCGUCCGCCGGCGAACUCUCCCUCGCCGACGGCGGCCUCGAGAAAUACAAAACCUUCAUCGACACGAUUGCCACCGCGCUCUCGGCGCCCCCCUACGACCGCCUCGACUAUGCCAUCGUCCUUGAGCCCGAUUCCCUCGGUAAUAUUGUCACUAACCUGGCUACCGCACCGGCUUGCGUGACUGCUGCACCCGGCUACCUCGCAGGCCUCUCGUACGCAAUCCAGAAGCUGCAGCGCGAUAACAUUGCGCUGUACAUUGACGCUGCGCACAGCAACUGGCUGGGGUGGCCGUCGAACUUGGAGCCUGCUGCGAAGGUGUUUAAGCAGGUUGUGGAGGGCGCGGGAUCCGGAGCAAAGAUUAGGGGCUUUGCUACGAAUGUGUCAAAUUAUAAUGCUUAUAACGCUACCACUCCCGACGUCAUCUACGGGCCCGGCCCGGAUAACCCGAACUGGAGCGAGCUGAAGUAUGCGAAGGCGCUCGCGCCGUAUCUUGAGGCAGAGGGCCUGCCGAGUAAGUUCAUCAUUGAUCAGGGGAGAUCUGGAGCCCAGAAUAUCAGGACGAUAGGUGGACACUGGUGUAAUAUUAAGGAUGCAGGGUACGGAACGCGUCCGACGACGGAUACGGGCGAGUGCAUUGUGGACGCCAUUGUGUGGGUCAAGCCCGGCGGCGAGUCUGACGGGACUAGCGACACGAGCGCGGCGAGGUUCGAUGUCAACUGUGUCAGCGAGGAUGCGGAUGUCCCGGCGCCGGAGGCAGGUAGCUGGUUUAAUGACUUUGUGAAGAGGCUGGUGAUCAAUGCGAACCCGCCGUUGGAGCCUACUUAUGUUUGA